AAGAAAACAUGAACACCUUUCCGUCUCAUUGAAAUCACUCUCCAUCUCCACCCUCGACCAAACUGAGCGAGCUCAACUACACGACAUUUUGAAGACUCAGACGCAUCACUCGAGUUCGAACGAAAUAUGCGCUUCAAUAUUCUCCUGCCAGCCCUUAUAGCUGCCUUCAUAGCAGUACAAGCCUCGCCAAUGCCCUGUCCAGAUGCUACGCGCGAUGCUAUCUUGAAAGGCGAUCUCCCCUCAUCAGCAUGCUGCGGCUACGGUGUGUGCAAAGACGACAUCAUAAUAGAGCAAGGGCAUAUUGUACGACCAAAAUGGUAAAACACAGGGGAGGAGGAGGAGGGAAAGGCGACAC